AUGGACACUAUGGAAGAAAAUGAAACAGUGGACUUAAAUAGUGCAAAUCAAAUUUCUGCAGUCGAAAAGGAUAAUGAAAAAGAAGUUGAUGAUGAAAAUAUAAAAACUAAUAUUCCUAGUGAAGAUAAAUCGGAAUUAUCGAAAGGUGAAGAAAAUGCAUUUGUUAGUGACAUUAAUAAUUCUAAUGUCAACAAUGUUAGUGAUAACGAUUGUACAAAAGUGAAUUCUGAUGGAAUGGAAGUUACAUCUGAAGAAAAUAAUGAGGCUGCUGAUACUGAAAAUUCUAAUUUAAAAACAGUAGAUGAACCAGUAGAGAAUUCAGUUAAUGAAUUAAAAACCACGAAAAAAGAUGUUUCAGAUGAGUCUGAAACUUUGGUUAAAAUGGAAAUUGAUUCUGAAUUAAAUGAAAAAAAUUCUGAAGAAAUUUCUGAUAUUAGGUCUUCUGAAAACUUUGUCGAUGAAGAAAAUAAGUGUAAAAUCGAUGAGGAGGAAGAAGAUUUCAAAGGUUUUCCUAUAAUAAAUGAUGAAAUACAAAAUCAGGAUUUAGUUAAGAAUUUGUCUCAAAAGGAAGAAGAUGAAUUACAAGAAAUGGAAGUUUUUAUUAAUAGAAAAAAUGAAACAAAACUUUCCCCUCAGGCUAAAAGAAAAAGAAAGGAAAUUGAAGAAAGCGAUUUAUCCAGUCAUUGUAGUAGUCCUGCCUUAAGUGUAGCUUCUCAAAUUAGUGUUUUAAGUUUUACAAAAAGAAGUCGAACCGGUAGUCCUGCAUCAAAAGGGUCGAGAAAAUCAUUAGUAGAUUUAUCAAAUCCAAAAUAUUUAGUUCCAUUUGAUUUUGGUUGGAAAAGAGAAGUUGUCACUCGAGCUAUAACUUCAAAAGAAGAUGGAAUCAGUAAAGAUGUUUAUUAUUUUCAUCCUUCGGGAAAAAAACUAAGAUCUCUGAGAGAGGUUUCAGAAAAAUUGACGCCUGGUUUGACAAUAGAAAAUUUUACAUUUUACAAAGAGCCAUUGGGAGCGGAUCCACAAUUUGAAACAAUUAGAAAUGCAAGAAGUCGAGGGUAUUCUCCAUUUGAAACGGCAACUCCGAAAAAAGUAUUAGGCACGCCUUCGGUUAUAAAAACACGUUCGGAAAAAGUUAUUUCCGAAACUCCAGUUUUAAAAGACGCAUCUUUAAAAGAACCUCCGUCACCUCCGAAGGAUUCACCGAAAGCAACACCGUUGAAAAAUUUCGUUAAAACUCCUAAAGAGCCAGCUGUGACGAAACCACCGCCUUCGAAGAGAGAAAAACUCGUACUUAAAUUUAACAAGGGAACUCCAAAGAUCGCUUUAAAGAAAUCACCAGCCGUAAACGGAGAACGAAAGUCUCCCAAAUUAAUGUUACCCAAACCUGAGGGACCCAAGCCUCAUCCGAAUGCGCCGUCGGGUCCACGAAGAAAAAUAACACCUCGUAAAAAGCCUUUGAAAACAUUAGGUAGUGCUAAGGAAGAAAUAAAAGGACCAUUGAAUAAAUUAGAAAGUGGAGAUUUGGAAAUGGGUAUGCUUCCGCCAUUGUGGAGUCCCACAGCCGGGAGCACGAAAAGCUCAAGCAACGAAUCAUUAUCGUGGAGUCACUUGGACGAAGAGAAAAGCAUAAACGAAGAGGGAAGAAUGGAUCCUUGUACGAUUAGGUGCACUAAGGCAAUGGGAUUAAUCCCUACUCUUCAAUGCAGCGUUUGUUUGUGCCUAUAUCAUCCCGAAUGCUGUGACAUGGCAUCAUCAUCCUCAUACCGACAACUUUUGAAAUACAAUUGUAAAACGAAAGUCAGCGAGGUGAAAUCGAGAAAUUUAGUUAAACACAUAACACCUGCUGUCGUUACAGAUAAGAAUCCUCCCAUAAUAUCUCCAAAACCCAUACAUCCGGCUUUAACUCCUUCGCCGACAGCACAAUCAAACGCCAACAAUAAUCGCAUUCCUUCUUUGAUUCGUCCCAAAAUGCCGGUAUCGAAAUCUUCUAUCGGCGGUGGAGGAGGAAGUGGAGGAGGAGGAGGAGGAGGGGGUGGAGGUGGUGUAUCCCCUUGGUUUCCUCCAUCCAAUUCCGUUUUUCGAUCUCCUUCCGUUCUUCCGAAAAACUAUCAAACCAAACCCGAAGACUCUGCUUCGCCACCUCAGGCUCUUGUAAAUAUGAACAACAAAAGGUAUAUUGUAGUACCCAAAAAUAACGUUCUCUCGGUUGCUUCCAAUCAAAAUCAGUCACCGACAAAACUAGAGCCUUCUCAAAGUACAACCAUAAUUACUCCCACCCCGACUUCGACAAUCAUUCAAGGUCCACCUUUGCAAAAUAAUCCUUUCGUACAGCCCGCCGCGAAUUCGCCAGGUGUCGUUCUCGUGCCUUUCAUGUCGGGAGACAAUACCGAAGUCAAUCAACAACCUUUUCUGGUUGUUAAUCCUUCACCCGGCUCGUCGGUCAUACCGAAUUCUAGUCAAGCUGAUCUCCCAACCGAAAGCGAAACAACCGAUCACUUUCAAAAGCAGGCGGUCAAGGCACCCAAUAAAAGACCAUCAUCAGAUGGAGGCAACGAAUCCAUGCAAAAAUUCAUGAGAAAUAUCUGCAUUGGUUAUUCUGCAUUACUCAAUGUAUUCCAGUACCUUAAAGUUCAAGAAUUGUUGAGAGCGGGUCGCGUUUGUCGAUUAUGGAGAGAUUUGGCAAGUCAUUCAUCGCUGUGGCGAACCGUUCGAAUGAAAAAUUCGCAAGUUUCCGAUUGGAAAGGUUUCACGGAUUCCCUUUCCCGUCACGGUACGAAACACCUCGACCUUCGUAAAAUGUUAAUGUCACUCGACGACGCUCAAGAAAUGUGGGGACUCUUUGCUAAACACAUAUCCGGAGUGAAAUGUUUGGAAAGAUUGGACAUGUGCCGGUGUUCCGUGAACAUCGUCGUACAAGUCAUGGAAGCAUGUCCGCAAUUGUUUGUUUUCAACGCUCAACAAAUGAUCGGUUCCAAAGACGAAAUAUUAAAUCAAAAAUUAUCGUUGGAAAGUUUGUCGAAAAUGAAAAAUUUAAAAGAAUUGAGAUUGAAAAGUUUUUGCGGACUUCAUUUGACGGAUUCUUUGAAAUCGUUGACGGACCUAUCGGACACUUUGACGACGCUGUCUUUGACGUCGGUGAAAAAUUUAGGGACCUGCAAAUUACAAUACAUUGGAAUGCUGCAAAAUUUGGAAGCUUUAGAAUUGGGAGAAUGUAACGAUUUGCCGGAAACAUUUCCAAACGAAGUCAUAGCCAAGCUCACGACAUUGAAAAGGUUCGGGUUCGAUGAAACAGGAAUGAAACAAAAUCGAAUCGAAACGAUAAGGUUGGAAAAAGGACCGUGGAAUUGUUCGACGAACGAAAUGCUUUUUCAAAUGAGCAAACUCAAAGAAUUGAUACAAUUGGAAUUGAUCAAUUUCGAUGUGAGACCUGGUUUCGAUAAAGCACUUGCCUCUUGUACAAACAUUAAACGCCUUUUAUUAAUACCGACAUACGUCACUCAGUCAGCGACAACGAACAACAUUAUUUUAUCUGGGACAUAUAAGCUGUAUAAAUCAUUGACUCUAUUCGUUUGGGUCGUCACGAUGGAAUUGUUAAAAGUCACGGAGCUUUUCGUGGAUCAGUGCGAAGGAAAGGGAUCUAAAAAAAGCGGGGGCAACAGCGUUCCUGUAUUGAAGCCAGUGCCAUUGCCCGCCGUCACGCAAAAAGAUGGUGAAAAUUCGAAAAAGGAGGAUGAGGAGGGAGGAGUUAAAAAUCCCAUGCCGAUAACGAUAAUACCAAUCGAUGAAUUAUUCGUCAUGCUGACGGAAGGUUUGCCAACGACGAAAAAUAAUAAGUUUAAAAUUUAG